AUGACUUCUUCUGAUCAUUAUGUCUCAAUUGAUGAAAGGUUGGUAAACCUCAUGAGUAUUCCAAUUGCUCCAGACUGUAGUGUAUUCGAAGUUCACCGCCCUUUACGAAUGGUAAAUGAGAAGGCAUAUGAACCUGACUUGCUUGCUAUUGGUCCUUACCACCGUGGCAAGGAUCACCUAGCUCUUAUGGAAAGACACAAAUUGAGACUUCUCCAAGAAAUGCUCAAAAGGGAGAAUGAGACUAGUGUAGAAAGAUACAUCAUAGCCAUGAGACACAUAGAAGAAAGAGCACGUAAAUUCUAUGCAGAUCAGUUCCCUAAAAUCUCCUCAAAUGAGUUCAUAGAAAUGAUGAUACUUGAUGGGUGUUUCAUCCUUGGACUGUUCCACAGUAUGAAUGAAUUUGACCCAAUCUUCAAAUUGGAUUGGAUGCUUCCUAGCAUAAUUCGUGAUCUAUUGUUAUUUGAAAAUCAACUUCCAUUCUUCGUUCUUACUGAAUUGUACGAAAUAAGUAAGGAAAGUCUCAAUGAACAGCAUGAUGACGAUGCUCAUCUGGAAAGUGAGAGUCAUGACCAGACGCUACUUAUCCAUGGGUCAAGAAAACAUUCAAUGACUCAGGUUGAAAGCUCAACCUCCAGCAAUAAGAGGGAGAGUAUCCCACUUCUUGAGCGUGCCUUGUCUUUUUUUUCUGUUAAUUUAUUGUUUAAAAUGAAUGGCAGUGGAUCAAGUCAUCUUUCAACCACCAACAUUAAGCAUCUACUUGGUCUAAUUCAUCAAACUAUCAGUCCUUCACCUGGAGAGAAAGAGUCGAUACUAAAUGCUACGGACCUUCAAAAGGUUGGAGUCAGACACAAGAUGAUAGAGAAGCUGAAGCAUCCAUUUAGUCUGAAUAAUAAUGAAGGCCGAAAGUUAAUACCUCAUGCUACAGAGCUUCAAGAGGCUGGAGUUAGAUUCAAAAAGGCAGAGCAUGGCCGUAACAUGUUUGAAAUAAAGUUCAAAAAUGGGAUCUUGGAAAUUCCACAUUUGGAAAUAGUAGACCGUACAGAGUCAAUCUUUCGAAACCUAAUAGCAUAUGAGCAAUAUAGUCACAACAUGCAUACUAGGUAUGUCACUGACUAUGUUGUUCUUAUGGAUUAUCUUAUUUACACUACAAAAGAUGUUAAAGUACUCCGUCAAAAUGGAAUUAUUGAAAACUGGAUGGGGGAAGAUGAAGUUGUUUCCAACAUGUUCAACAAGCUUGGUCACUACGUCAUGUUAAGUCGAUUCGGCUUCUAUUAUUCAGACAUUAUGAAGGAAGUGAAUAAGCACUGUUCCAAACGCCGGAAUGUGUGGAUGGCAAAAUUAAGGCGCGAUUAUUUCAAUAGUCCUUGGGCAUGGCUUUCAGUUCUAGCAGCUAUGAUAUUGCUGCUGAUUGCAAUUGCAGAGACCACAUUUUCCGUUCUUUCCUACGUACAACAAAGGUAA